AUGAGUUACGGAAGGCCUCCGCCCGACGUCGACGGCAUGACUUCCCUCAAAGUGGACAACCUGACGUACCGAACCACACCGGAGACCCUGCGGCACGUCUUCGAGAAGUACGGCCGCGUCGGCGACGUGUACAUCCCGCGAGAUCGUUACUCCAAGGACAGCCGCGGCUUCGCCUUUGUCCGCUUCCACGACAAGCGAGACGCCGAAGACGCCAUGGACGCCAUGGACGGAGCGCUUCUAGAUGGACGCGAGCUGCGUGUGCAGAUGGCCCGCUACGGCCGACCCCCGGAUAACCAUUACGGUGGCGGGCGACGAGGAAGCAGCGGUGGCGGAGGACCACCCCGGAGGUACGGAGGCUCCAGUCGACGAAGCAGAAGCCCCCGCCCCAGAAGACGCAGCAGAUCCCGCAGCAGGUCCCGCUCUCGUUCCCGGAGCCGCUCCCGUUACAGCCGCUCCCGUUCCAGGUCCUACUCCCGAUCCAAGUCCCGCUCGCCCAGGAACAAGAAGACCAGCAACAAGUCCCGCUCCCGAUCCCGUUCAAGGUCCGCCAGCCGCUCCGCCUCCCCUCCCAAAAGAGGUUCUGGAUCCGCAUCCAGAUCCAAAAGCCCACCCAAGUCACCCGCGCAAAAUGGAGGCGAGUCACCCUAG